AUGGUUUCUUCAAUACGCCCAACCACCAUUUCAUCCACUGAAACGCCGAGAUGUCCUAAUGGGUUAUUCAAUUUUGAUGAAGGUGUAUUGGUGGAAGAUGCAGAUGAAGAGAUCAUGGAACUCUACAUGUCUUUAGCAUCUGUCUCAUCCGACAAAUCGAUGAAAGAUACAGAUCCUCAUUCAGGUGGAUUAGGAUUCUUGAAUUCCAACGAAAGUGUACUGGAAAUCACGAUAGACCUUUCACCACCUACACUCACGUUUGAUGACGUGAAGCUAAAGCUGGACAAAAGGUCUAAAAGGAAAUAUAAGAAUUCGUCUUUGAAUUCAACAACCGGAAAUACAGCAAAUGAAAGUAUUUCCGUCAAAAUACAACAGGAUUUGGGAAUGUUGAAAGGACCAAAAGGGGAUACUGGCAGUAUACUUUGGAGGUCAUCAUUAUAUCUUUCCACAAUUCUCCUGCGUCAAUAUCACCAACCAUCAACAGGAGGAGUUGACAUACCAAUACUUGAUUUAGAGACAUUGAAAAGUGCUUCAGUACUUGAAUUAGGAUCUGGAACAGGCUUAUUAUCAGUGUUACUCUCACGUAUCUGUAAAGUGUUCACAGCCAGUGAUAGAUUAGAAAACCUGAAACUGGUUAAAAGAAACCUUGGCCUGAAUGGGAUUUCCAUCGUAGGCGAUGUGAGCUCUAAAGAAGAUGCCAAACUAUCGAACAAAUCUAGCUCCAAGGGGAAACAGGAGAUGAAACAUGUAAAUGGAUCAGUCAAUAUCGAAGAAAUUGACUGGAUCGCCGUUUCAGAAGAAAGAAAGAGACAUCCUGAAUCAUGGCUACUUCCAUCUCCUAACGAUAUAAUAGCUAAAGAUGAAAACCAUGAUAAUGGAAAUAGCCGAAAACAACAGUAUGAUAUGAUUUUAGCGGUAGACUGUAUAUACAAUGAACACCUUGUUCAACCUUUAGUAGACACGUUUGGUAAAUAUUGUCCAAGAGGUGGUAAAACAGUCAUUUGGGUUGUGAUUGAAUUGAGGUCUGCAGAUGUCCUUACACUGUUCCUCGAGACUUGGAUGAACGACCCUUCCGGCCCUUGGACCAUUGUCAGAUUGAGUGAGAAAUCAAUGGGUAAUUGGGAUGGUAAGAAAGCUCGUUGGGUAGGUUGGGUUGGAUGGCGAUAA